GUGAUAGAGAGGAAGGCUUUGUUCUAUUUAAUGCACUUAGGGAAGUGUGGCUGCAUGCCUUGAAUGCCAUUCAUUGAUUUCACCAGCUACCUUACCUAAAUCCCAUUAAUAAGGUAUUCAAACCACAUCUGUAUAUACAUAUUUCCAAUAUCAACAGCUAGAACAAGGAAGAAGAAGAACAAAGAGAGAAACAAUGGAGAAGAGUAGUGAAAAGGGUAAUGGUGUUGCUGCUGCUACAACAAGGUCUCCAAUGGCUUUAAUGGGGUCUUCGAGAAGUGAAAAUGAGGAAGAAGUGAACACUAGCAUGAGAACUGCCGAGACCAUGCUGCGCUUGGUGCCGAUGGCUUUAGGGGUUGCUGCCCUUGUUGUCAUGCUCAAGGACUCUCAGUCCAAUGACUUCGGCUCGGUUUCCUACUCAGAUCUUGGAGCUUUCAGGUAUCUGGUGCAUGCAAAUGGAAUCUGUGCAGGCUAUUCCCUUCUUUCAGCUAUUGUUGCAUUCAUGCCUCGUCCCUCAACUAUGCCUAGAGCUUGGACUUUCUUCCUCCUCGAUCAGAUUCUCACAUACAUAAUCCUGGGUGCCGCUGCUGUGUCAACGGAGGUGCUUUAUUUGGCAAACAAAGGAGACUCGGCAAUCACCUGGAGUGCUGCUUGUGGCUCAUUUUCUGGUUUCUGUCACAAAGCCACAACAUCAGUGAUCAUCACAUUUAUCACUGUAUUUUGUUAUGUUGUGUUGUCACUGGUGUCUUCCUAUAGACUCUUCACCAAGUUUGAUGCACCGGUCAAGUGCACCAGCAAGACGAUUGAAACCACUGUCUUCCAUGGUUGAUUUAUGUUACUAUUACUGACGAUGAUGCUUAGUUUCACGGUGUGCCUGUAAUAAAA